AUGGCAAGCGCAUCGCCUCUCGUCCGAGCCCCUGGACAACAGGCGGGUGACGAGACAAUCCAUCAGCCUUUGACUUCACAAAGUCCCUUGACAAGCCUAUCCGACGAAAUCCUCAUCGCAAUCGCAGAAUAUGUCGGCUGCGAUACCGGGGGGGUAGAACCACGGUACCAAACCAAGGGCAUCGCGCCACAGGGACCUAAGAAUGUUUACAAUCUUUCCUUAUGCUCUCGUCGACUUCGCCAUAUUACGCUCCCAUUGGUGUACUCCCACAUUCGAUCGGAUAACGUUUGCUAUGACGGUAUCACAGAGCCGCUAGUCUCAUUCCUGUGCAAGAUUCUCGCAGCUCCUGAAAUUGCAGGCUGGGUUCAGGUGUUUCACGGAGCUGUAAUGGAAGAAGCUGAUGGGCUAUUAAAUUUAUCGCAAGUGACUGACGAAGAUUGGGCCCGAAUUCGUUCUGCAGUUGAUGCAGCCAGUGAAUCUGGAAGUCAAGGUCAGGGAUGGCUUCGUGGAAUAGAAUCUGGUCUAUGGGAUGCUAUUGUCACUUUAGUCCUCUCUCGCCUUCCAAAUCUAGAAGAGCUGGAAUUUGAGAACUGGACUUGCGGCUUCGACUACUUUCCUAUUUUAGCCCGGUAUGUAGCGAGGGCAGCUGAGCUUCAGCAAUGUGGCGAAACGUCAACUGAGUCCAUGCUGAAGUUGCGAAGAGUGGCCCUUUACUUUUGGGAUACGGAGUUUGGAAUACUUCUCUUGGAUCUCGUUGGUUUCCUCAAACUCAAGUCCCUUGAGUCUUUUUACGCGCACAUGGUUCACGAAGAUAAUUACUCGGCCCUUUCCCACGACGGCCCACCACCAGAGUGGUAUAGUCCUGAGCUUGAGUUUUCGACCAAGUCGCUACACUUGCAUCACUGCAAUAUCGACCAUAAGACUCUCACCCUUUUUCUUCGGUGCUUCACUUCGCUCGAGCGCCUUCGCUAUAAGAACGGGGUGGUGAGUUACUGUGAGUUCGAGCCAUCGCGGAUGAUGGAGGCGUUGGAGCAUAUGAAGCCUUGCGUUAAGGAGCUAGUCAUUAUCGACCAUGAAGACACCUAUUUUGGGGAGUAUCAGGAGGAGUAUCAGAAGGAGCAUCCCCUUAGCUCUCUUGUUGGGUUUGAAAAGUUGAAGUCCAUCGAGAUGGAUGCUUGCAUCACAAUGGGCCAUCGAACUAGCGCCGACGAGGACGAAGCUGAGGGCAAAUUCCCCAAAUACCAGAACCUCAAAGGGUCACUCCCGCCUAAUCUAGAAUCGCUGCGAUUGCAUCAUUGCGGUUCUAAGUUUCUCACUCAAAUUUGUGAGUAUAUCGUACAAAAGGAUACGUGCACCCCAGCACUUAAGCGCCUCGAUCUCGGGUGGGAGAAGGUCCAAUACCCGGAAAAAUAUAGCCCUGAUGGGCUUAUACAUCCAAACUUCACAAAUGAAGAAGCAAAUAAGCUGUUGGCUGCUUGUCAAGAGGCCGAUGUAGAGAUGGUUAUGAAAACCCAGCGCCCGAAGGGAAAAUUUGCCAGUUACAAAGACAAAAAGUUAGGCAUUGUGAGCAACUAUUUCCACUAUCCGUAUAACGGCUACGAAGAAUUUUGCAAGGAGCAUGGCUGUGAUCUAGAGACUGGCCGGAGUUAUGAUUACUAA